AUGCCCCGCAGCGGCCUCGAACCGCCCCGGGCGGGGCAGACGGUGGAGACAGAGAAGGUCCUGGACAUCAUCUCCCAGCCGCAGGCGGUGUUCAGGGUGCGGGCGGUGACCCGCUGCACCAGCUCCCUGGAGGGACACACCGAGGCCGUCAUCUCUGUGGCCUUCAGCCCUACGGGAAAGUACGAGGGUCUGGCUGCGGGAGGGGGGCUCAGCGGGAGGCGGGGUCACCGGCACUGGGUGCUCAGCAUCGCCUGGUCGCCCGACGGCAAGAAACUGGCCUCAGGCUGCAAGAACAGCCAGAUAUUUCUCUGGGACCCAGCCACCGGCAAUCAGAUCGGCCGGGUGCUCACUGGCCACUCCAAAUGGAUCACGUGUCUGUGCUGGGAACCGCUCCACAUAAACCCGGAGUGCCGCUACCUGGCAAGUGCCUCCAAGGAUGGCAGCAUCCGCAUCUGGGACACACUGAUGGGCAGGUGUGACAAAAUCCUCACGAGCCACACGCAGUCGGUGACGUGUGUGAAGUGGGGGGGCGAUGGCUUGCUCUACUCCUCCUCCCAGGACAGGACCAUCAAAGUCUGGAGGAGCCAGGACGGGGUCCUCUGCCGCACCUUGCAGGGCCAUGCUCACUGGGUGAACACCAUGGCCCUUAGCACCGACUAUGUUCUCCGCACCGGUGCCUUUGAACCUGCUGAAGCCACCAUCAACCCACAGGAUGUAAACGGCUCCUUGGUUGAACUGAAGCAAAAGGCACAGCAGAGGUAUGACCAAGUCAGGGGUCAGGAACCAGAAAGGCUCGUCUCAGGGUCAGAUGAUUUCACGCUGUUUCUUUGGAGACCAGCAGAAGACAAGAAGCCACUGGAGAGAAUGACAGGCCACCAGGCAUUGAUUAACCAAGUCCUCUUCUCACCAGACACCCGGAUAAUAGCCAGUGCUUCCUUUGACAAGUCCAUAAAGCUCUGGGAUGGUAGGACAGGAAAGUACCUGACGUCACUGAGAGGGCACGUCUCAGCUGUGUAUCAGAUUGCCUGGUCAGCUGACAGCCGCUUGCUGGUGAGCGGGAGCAGUGACAGCACACUGAAGGUCUGGGAUGCCAAGGUGAAGAAACUGGCCAUCGAUCUUCCUGGCCAUGCAGACGAGGUGUAUGCAACGGAUUGGAGCCCAGAUGGACAGAGGGUAGCGAGCGGAGGGAAGGAUAAGUGUUUGCGGAUAUGGCGUCGAUAGGAGCAGUGGCACGAAGCCGCCAGUCCCAUCCUAAGCUGGCCUGCCCUGGGCACAGUCUGCCUAGAAGAUCUGCGAGGCGACGGAUGACAGGCUGACCCGAGCACGACUCCCUGGUCCUCUUGGCUGCUCUCCCUCAUGGACUCGUUCCUUAUAUUUAUUUAAGGAAAUUUUAAUUCCAGUUCUUAUUAAGAACUGUUAUUUGCAGGCUGAUUUCCUCUGAACAUUACAAGAGGGAUAUCUCAUCUGCCUCCAUCUCAACUGGCUUUUUAUUGAAAUUUCAGCCUUAGAGUAGCCUGCCCCUUUGAAGAGGCAAGCGAAGGGUGGGGACAGCUCGUGCCCUUCCCUGCCGUGUGAAGAAUCCUGCAGGGAAGAGGCUUUUAGUGGGAACAGAAAGAGUUGUCCUUGUGUGACCUUCAGAGAGGGAGAGAGGAAGGGGAAAAUUCAGCACAUCGGUACAUUGCAGAAUUGUGCUCGGCUGCACGCCUGGGACAAAGAUCUGCUGAGAAUAAGGUCUCAGGGCUUCU